CGUAUCACAUGGCGUGUCGCAACUUGAGUAGCAUUUUGCGAACCUUUUCUUGGGUUCCAGGUUUGGGCCGCGUAGCGUUACUCUAGCGGGAAUCAUGUACCCAAACCCGUAAUGCCGGCAAGAGCGAGGUAUGUAAAGGCUAGCUGAGAGAUACGCCCCCCAAACACCUAACACCAAAUAAAAAGAAGCGGGGAGGUGGACGGGGAGGGGAAGGGAGAGGGGGCGAGAGGUUUGGGGAAAGAGAAGGCAACGGAGGAUCAACGCUUUCGUCACGAAGAAAUUACUUCAAGAAAACCUUGUAUCAUAUGCUAGUAUCGCACACAUAAAGAGGUCAUGGAGGACUGUAAGGAAGGUGAGUCAUUGAAUUUUAAGUCUCACCUCAGUCAAACAAACAAUGUCUGUAGGCAUGAGUCGGAGUGCCACCAAUCUCAAAUUGAGGCACUACAUGAAAAGCUUAUGGAGGUAAAGGCUAGCAUUAAAUGCUCUGAAGACAAAGCAAAGAGGGAGUUGGAACACCUUUGGCGUAAUGGCAAAAUAGCUGCCACCUUACUGACUUACCUGAAGUCGAAAGCAAGAAUUAUGGCUAAUCCACAUAUGGCCCAUGCUUCAUGUGGGAUCAAGCAUCGGGAGGGAGUGGGACUGGUUGACAAACAUGGCAUACCACUAUCUGACUGGUCUAAGGAUAUUGAUCUUUCUCCAUUUGAAAGUUCAGAGGAGGAAAUACUACGGGCAAGCGGCAAUGAGUCUGGAUCUAUUGAUGCAAAUGAUGGAGCGUACCUUGUUGAAAUACUAAAGUCAGUGCACACGGUAACAGAUGUUAUGGAGUCUCUUGUCAAAAAGGUUAUUAUGGCAGAAAAUGAAGCUGCCAUCGAAAAAGAGAAAGUUAAUCUUGGCAUGGAAGAAAUUAGAAAGAAGACACUCCAAAUUGAUAGCAUGUCUGCAAAAGUUGAAGAGAUGGAAAAAUUUGCACUGGGUGCAAAUGACAUUUUGAAUGAAAUGCGGCAAAAAGUUGAAGAUAUGGUGCAGGAAAUAUCUAGACAACGACAGCGAGCUGCAGAAAAUGAACAAGAGCUUUGCCGUGUAAAGCAAGAUUUUGAGGCAUUGAAAUCCUAUGUUAGCAGUCUCAUCAGUGUGAGAGAAACCCUUAUUUCCUCAGAAAAACAAUUUCAAACAAUGGAAAAGCUUUUUGAAAGGUUAAUUGCCAAGACUGCUCGCCUUGAGGCAGAGAAAAUGCAAAAGGAGGCUGAAGUUCAGAAGCUUAUGGAAGAGAAUGUCAGGUUAACUGCUAUGCUUGAUAAGAAGGAAGCACAACUGCUGGCUAUGAAUGAACAGAUGAAGUUCAUGGCAUUGAACAGUCCUGGCAUAUAGUUCAUGAUUUACCAUCAGAAUUUUCACCUCAGGUUAUCCUAAAUGGUGAUAGCAACAUGCUAUCUAUUUUCAUUUUGCAAAUUACAUAUGCUAACAAAUCUAUUAUUGGAAAGGACAUAUGGAUGUUGAGAUCACGAUGUUUGCUAGAGAUGGGGCAAUUUGUAUCGAGCGGAGAAUUGUGCUCUUAUAAGACUGUUCAUUAGAUUAUGCAUUGUCAACAGUGCCUGCCUAUCAAUUCAUCCUUACUAUUUAGACCUUAAUUCCCAUUA